UCUCGAACUUGGUUAACAAAAAAUUUAAUUGCGAAUUUACGACGUGAAGCUUAUUUGAUCGAACAUAAGUUUCGUAAUGUUUAGGUUUUUACGAACGUACCGAUAUAAAAGUGGACGCGCAUGGCAUUCCGACAAUGUUAUAUGAGAGUUGUGUUUCUUGUUCAAGCGCGUAAUGUUCCCACCUUCCUUCCGCCUUUGCGGACAUGUAUUUCCAUUGUUAGAGGGGUCAAUCGACUAUCUUUUCAAUAUAAUAGAUCCUACUUGCCACCAGUUGACCUGUCCGGAUAAAGUAAUAAUAAAGGAAGAAGAUGGCAGACGAAACGUUAUGUAGCUAGCUUGCUAAACAGUUAUGGCAGUUUAUUCGAUUGAGGCUAGAAAGCGAUAAAUGACAUUUCUGAAAUGUUAGUUAGGUAGCUAACGUUAACUUGUGACUGACUACCUGGCUAGUUACCGCUAGCUAGCUAGCUAGCUAACAUUGUCCUGUUACAAACUACUUAUUUAAUUAGUUAGACAUUUUACAUUCUGAAUUAACGUUACUAAUUAUACGUAAAUGUGUAUAGCAUCAGCCAGUUAGCGUUCUAGUAGCGACCAUCUCAUAGCUUGGCUGUGUAGCGUGAGCUAGCUAGGUUAGGUAAUUUGCUAGGUUAGAUUGUUGUUGCCAGUCACUGUCUUAUAAAAUAACAAAUGGCUGGGUUGGCGACUGUGACCACCCUUCGAUUGCCUAUAGGCAUACGGACAUUCAGUGAGUUGCGAGAUGUCUCUGCAUUUGGCAAAAACCGGUUGAAUACAGUGUUGGGGCCAAGAAUACGGAUUAAACAGCCAAUCAGAUAUAUGACAUCUUGUGGCAUCCUUAUGACCAGAACCCCCAGGAUUUUUAUCCAUUUGGACAGGAGGACAACUAUCAUUCCCCCCAGCAGAACCUUCCUUAGUCUGGCCAACAAGAGGAAACAGUAUUCAGAACGAAGAAUCAUUGGUUACUCGAUGCAGGAGAUGUAUGAUGUGGUGGCCAACGUGGACGAUUAUAAGCACUUUGUUCCGUGGUGUAAGAAAUCUCAGUUCAUCAUGCAGAGAGCCAGCCAUGCUAAAGCCAAACUAGAAGUGGGUUUCCCCCCUAUAGUCGAGAGAUACACCUCCAUGAUCACCAAUGUGCGCCCUCAUCUAGUCAAGGCUGUAUGCACAGAUGGUAAACUGUUCAACCACUUGGAGACAAUAUGGCGUUUCAGCCCUGGAAUACCUGGUUAUCCCAGAACCUGUACUGUUGAUUUCUCUAUAUCUUUUGAGUUUCGCUCUUUGCUACACUCGCAGUUAGCGACGGUCUUCUUUGAUGAGGUCGUGAAGCAAAUGGUUGUUGCCUUCGAGGGCCGAGCUUGCAUCAAGUUCGGCCCAGAGACUAAAAUACCCAGAGAACUCAUGUUCCAUGAGGUGAACCAAACGUGAGCCUCCAUGUGCUUGUACAUAUCUGGGAAAUUCACACGUUUUCCCCACUUUCAACCCAUUGCAUUUUGUGGACGACCAUUAGAUAGAUGACUGUUGUUGGACACGGUUGAAGUGGGGAAUGGAUCUCCAGCUUGACUGCUUGAACAACACAGCCACCACUUGCAUGUGAGAAGAGCAUCAUUUCAGACUGGGACCGUCCUCCGUAUGUACUGGAUUCUUAGGCCAUUCUCCUAUUUAUUGCCAAUUUGCUGCAGAGCCUGAUAUUUACUGAAGCAAAUUCCAUAUUUUGUAAAGUGUAAUGAAUUGUCAGGCUUUCAAGAUUCUUUUUACCAAUCCAGUAAAUACUUCCGCUAGUUAACUGGGGACUCAUAAGAGAACUGAACAUAAUAUAUUUUGGGUGGUCAGAAUUACCAUGUCACACCCAUUUGAUUUUCAUAAGAUGUUUUAACUGGUUUGAAUCAUGUCCACACAUUAAAUCUAUGUACAAAUAUAAACACAACAAUUUAACUGAGUGUGUGUAUAUAAGGAAAUCAGUUCAUUUAAAUAAAUUCACUAUGCCCUAAUCUAUAGAUUUCACGACUGGGAUUACAGAUAUGCAUCUGUUGGUCAGAUAGCUUAAAAAAAUUGACCUCACAAUAGGGCUCAGGAUCUCGUCACACUAUCUCUGUGCAUUCAAAUUUCCAUCAAUAAACUGCAAUUGUGUUUCUUGUCCGUAGCUUUUGCCUGCCCAUAUCAUAACCCCACCACCAUUGAAAGGGAGAUUUAUAUCGCUUUCCUGUAACAUUCCCCUGAUUUGCCUUAAUGUUUAUUUUGGGGUAAAGAGACAUUUUAUAUUUUAACGUCAUAUUAAUCUCCAGCACCACCCCAACAAAUGUGAAAACAGCAGGUUUAUGUUUUGAAAAAGUUUACAAUGACAUCAGUGUGCAUUGUGAUUUUAACCAAUUAUAAGUAGGCAUUGCCUACUAAUUGGAAACACUUAAGAGGAAGACAUCAUUUACCUCAAAACAUAAACACUCCCAUUUUCACAUAGGUUGGGGUGGUGCUGGAGAUGUUGAAAAGGGGUGAUUCUGUUGUUGGGAAUCAGGGCUCUUAAGGUCCUUCCAGCCAUUACCACCCCGUUUAUGUAUGUAUUUUAGACUUUAAAACAAAAGCCAAUAAACUAAAGUACAACUCUUUUGUCGCAUUUGUCAAUAUCAGGACAUUUCAGGUUGUCACAGGAGAGCUUGGCAAAUUAGGAGAAAGCGUAUCGAUUGUCAGCCAAUUGAUCAUUUGAAGCCACAGUUCAAAUCAGUUGCAACACAUAGCAAUUUUGUAUUUUCUGGCCAAAGCACUCUGAUGUUGUUUAUUUGGAAUCCAGUCUCCGUACCAUAUGACAUCUUGACCAGGCCAAAGGGAAGCAGAAACCUGAGUGCUGUGGAGACCUGUCUGGUACACUAUUAAUAACUGCGAUGUCCUCAGAAAACUCCUGCCAACACAUACGUAUCAUACACAGCCGGCACAGAAUAACAUGACUGUUCUGUGGUAAUGUAAAUGCAUUCAGGUAAAGAAUGUGCAACAACCACAUCUCCAUAAACAGACAGCAAUAAAAAAAAAAAAAGAAUUCGAGAGAACAGUAAUUGUUAACACUUGCCUUUUAUUUAAAAUUGUUUUCCACUUUCUCUCCCACAUCCAGCUCUGCUAGAUAAUAAAGUUCAGAUUUCUCCACUUCACAAUGAUCUCACAUAAGACAUAUUUAUCUUUAUACCAGAAUAACAAAAUGUUUGGUUAGAACAGGAUCAAAUACAGGAACAGGACAAACUAAAAUACGUCUAAAAUACAUAUGUACUAUUUGGGAAAUACACUACAGGGGGUAGGACAGUGUGAGGGGGGGCUGUUUGAAAACAAAUUAAAUGAAUAGCCAAGGGGUACUGUCGGUGUGCCCAAUUAGAGUGUAUUGGAUAUGGUCUGCAUUGAAACAGACCAUUACAAACAAGC